AUGAUCGCCGACGGUGUCGAGGACGAAGAGAAAUGGCUAGCGGCAGGGAUCGCCGGCCUUCAGCAAAACGCUUUCUAUAUGCAUCGAGCUCUGGAUACGAACAAUCUAAGAGAUGCUUUGAAGUUCUCCGCGCAGAUGCUCUCCGAGCUCCGGACUUCCAAGCUUUCCCCUCACAAGUACUAUGAACUUUACAUGCGGGCGUUUGACGAAUUGAGGAAGCUAGAGAUUUUCUUCAAGGAAGAGACGCGCCGAGGCUGCUCGAUCGUUGAGUUAUAUGAACUUGUGCAGCAUGCUGGUAACAUAUUGCCUAGAUUGUAUCUUUUAUGCACUGUGGGAUCUGUGUACAUCAGGUCUAAAGAAGCUCCUGCCAAGGAUGUUCUCAAAGAUCUUGUGGAAAUGUGUCGUGGCAUUCAGCAUCCUGUACGUGGGCUCUUCUUAAGGAGUUACCUUUCUCAAAUCAGUAGGGAUAAAUUACCUGACAUCGGUUCUGAAUAUGAAGGGGAUGCAGAUACAGUUGUGGAUGCUGUUGAGUUUGUGCUCCAAAAUUUCACAGAGAUGAACAAGCUGUGGGUACGAAUGCAGCAUCAGGGACCUGCCCGCGAAAAACAGAGGCGGGAGAAAGAAAGGAACGAGCUGCGAGAUCUUGUUGGGAAGAAUUUGCAUGUCCUCAGUCAGGUAGAAGGUAUUGACCUUGAUAUGUACAGAGAUACAGUGCUCCCUAGAGUCCUUGAACAGAUUGUCAACUGUAAGGAUGAGAUUGCUCAGUUCUAUCUGAUGGAUUGCAUCAUUCAAGUCUUUCCCGAUGAGUAUCAUUUGCAAACUCUAGAAGUUUUACUUGGUGCUUGUCCCCAGCUCCAGCCGUCUGUUGAUAUAAAGACAGUGUUGUCUAGAUUGAUGGAAAGGCUCUCUAAUUAUGCUGCUUCCAGCUCUGAAGUUUUGCCUGAGUUCUUGCAAGUUGAAGCCUUUUCGAGGCUGAACAAUGCUAUAGGAAAGGUGAUAGAAGCACAGCCGGAUAUGCCUAUUUUUGGAGCUGUUACGUUAUACUCGUCUCUCCUUACAUUCACACUGCAUGUGCACCCUGACAGACUGGACUAUGCAGAUCAAGUGUUGGGCUCUUGUUUUAAGAAACUUCAGAGUGUGGGAAAAGUUGAAGACAACAAAGCUACAAAGCAAAUCGUGGCGCUGUUGAGUGCACCAUUAGAGAAGUACAAUGAUAUUGUCACUGCGUUGAAGCUUUCAAACUAUCCUUGCGUGAUGGAGUAUCUAGACACUGAGACUAGUAAAAUCAUGGCAACUGUAAUCAUCCAAAGCAUUAUGAAAAACAGCACUCGCAUUUCUAGUGCUGACAAGGUUGAGGCAUUAUUUGAAUUGAUGAAAGGGCUUAUGAAGGAUUCGGAAGGCACCGCCGAAGAGGUUGAUGAAGAUGAUUUUAAGGAGGAGCAGAAUUCUGUUGCACGCCUUAUUCAGAUGUUGAUUAAUGAUGAUCCUGAGGAGAUGUUCAAGAUCAUGUGUGUGGUGAGGAAGCAGAUAAUGACAGGCGGACCAAAGCGCCUGCCAUAUACCAUUCCUCCCUUUGUCUUCUCAUCCUUAAAGUUGGUUAGGCAGCUGCAAGGGCAAGAUGAAAAUCCAUUUGGCGAUGAAGCGACAACACCAAAAACAAUAUUUCAGCUUUUGAACCAGACUAUCGAGGUACUGCUGACUAUUCCAGCUCCUGAACUUGCAUUACGACUAUACCUGCAAUGUGCAGAGGCUGCAAAUGACACUGAUUUGGAGCCGGUUGCAUAUGAUUUUUUCACACAAGCUUAUAUUCUCUAUGAGGAAGAAAUAUCGGAUUCCAAAGCACAGGUGACAGCAUUGCAUCUAAUAAUAGGAACCCUUCAGAGGAUGCAUGUGUUUGGCGUAGAGAACCGUGAUACUUUGACUCAUAAGGCUACAGGGUAUUCUGCUAAGCUUUUAAAGAAGCCUGAUCAGUGUAGAGCUGUAUACGGGUGCGCCCAUCUGUUCUGGGUUGACGACCAGGAUAACCUGAAAGAUGGGGAGAGGGUUUUAAUAUGCCUAAAGCGUGCUUUAAGAAUAGCCAAUGCUGCACAGCAAUUGUCUAAUGCUGCACGAGGUAGCACAGGACCAGUCACACUCUUUAUUGAGAUUCUGAACAAGUAUCUCUACUUCUACGAGAAAGUAAACCAGCACAUAACAGCGGAUGCAGUGAACAGUCUAAUUGAACUGAUCACCACUGAGAUGCAGCAAAAUGACUCCAGCUCUAGUGCACCAGACCCAGUCGCUGAGGCUUUCCUUGCCGGCACACUACGUUACAUUCAGUUCCAGAAACAGAAAGGCGGCACAAUUGGUGAAAGAUACCAAGUUAUCAGUACCGUCAAAGAGUAG